AUCCCUCUUCCCUUCUCCAUCUUUUCUCUCCAUCAACCCAUCCUGUUCUGUCACAUUAUUCCCUAGAGAAACUCGUCUAAUUCAGUUUCGUUGUUCACCUUGGGGCUAUGGGUAACCAGCAGUCCAACAUCGGCGGCGGCCACGACGGCAAAGACGAUAAGGAUAAGAAGAAGGACAAGCCUAAGUACGAGCCGCCACCACCUCCGACCACUCGUAUCGGUCGUAAAAAGCGCAAGGCUGCCGGGCCCAGCACUGCUUCCAAGCUCCCAGAUAUCUUCCCAACGUCACGAUGUAAAUUACGAUAUCUGCGAAUGCAGCGCGUCCACGACCACCUUCUUCUGGAGGAAGAGUACGUGGAAAACAUGGAGCGGCUGCGGAAAGCCAAAGCGUCUGCUUCCGACUCCGCCAACCGAGGAGACGUUGAUAUUACCGAUAGAAACGCGGAUGAGCGCAGCCGGGUUGAUGACAUGAGGGGAAGCCCGAUGGGUGUUGGUAACCUGGAGGAGUUGAUUGACGAUGACCACGCCAUUGUUUCGAGCGCUACCGGCCCAGAAUACUACGUGUCUAUCAUGUCUUUUGUCGACAAGGACCUCCUGGAGCCUGGAGCUAGCAUCCUUCUGCAUCACAAGACAGUCUCGGUUGUUGGUGUGCUGACGGAAGAGUCGGAUCCGCUGGUUUCGGUGAUGAAACUCGACAAGGCGCCAACCGAGUCAUAUGCCGAUAUUGGUGGUCUUGAAUCGCAAAUUCAAGAGGUUCGAGAAUCGGUCGAACUUCCGCUGCUUCAUCCCGAGCUGUAUGAGGAGAUGGGUAUUAAACCGCCAAAGGGUGUCAUCCUCUACGGAGCUCCUGGAACUGGAAAGACACUGCUUGCCAAGGCUGUUGCCAACCAGACCAGUGCGACAUUCUUGCGAAUUGUUGGAAGUGAGUUGAUUCAAAAGUACCUUGGAGAUGGUCCCCGUUUGGUGCGACAGAUCUUCCAGGUAGCGGCCGAACAUGCGCCGUCCAUUGUCUUCAUUGAUGAAAUUGAUGCUAUCGGUACGAAACGUUAUGACUCAACUUCUGGCGGCGAAAGAGAAAUCCAGCGAACGAUGCUUGAGCUUCUCAACCAGUUAGAUGGAUUCGACGACCGCGGAGACGUCAAGGUGAUCAUGGCUACAAACAAGAUCGAGACCCUCGACCCUGCUUUGAUUCGUCCUGGCCGUAUUGACCGAAAGAUUCUGUUUGAGAAUCCAGAUCAAAACACCAAGAAGAAGAUCUUCACUCUCCAUACCUCGAAGAUGUCCCUCGGAGACGAUGUCGACCUUGACGAGUUCAUUAACCAAAAGGAUGACCUCUCUGGUGCUGAUAUCCGCGCCAUUUGCACAGAAGCUGGUUUGAUGGCCCUGAGAGAGCGCCGCAUGAGGGUGCAGAUGGACGAUUUCCGUGCCGCUCGCGAGCGUAUCAUGAAGACGAAGCAGGACGGCGGUCCUGUGGAAGGCUUGUAUUUGUAGAUGCACAUGGCUAUCGGCGUUGCGCUAUCCCACCGGCCGUACCAUAGAACCUGUGUAUUCUAGGCUCACAACUU